GUCUCUUGUAUGUAGGUGACUGUUUGCAUCACGUGACUAAAACGGGAUUCCAGCUCAUUUGGGUGCCGUUUGAAGAUUUGCGUUGCUACUUCGUGGAUUUAAACUCAUUUCCAUCUCCGUGGCUUCCCUUCGAGUGGCACUUUGUCAUGUAUUCUCCAAAUGAACAUUCAAGUCAUUCCUUUGGCAAGUUGUCGCCCUUUUUGUGCUGAGCGACGUGAAGUUUGUCCAUGUGGGCUUGCCGUGGAGCGCAAGUCUCGCGUACGUGAUUUACGCAAGCACACAGACUUCAAGGAAUCUUUUAAUUCUUCAUAAAUCAGCACUGAACGGACUGACUGCCACGGCGGGUCCGUCAUAAUUUCAUGGAGUCGAAUGUUCGCGUCCGUUUCACUCGGAAGCUUCUCGGCAUUUAGCUUAGCUUAUCUUAGCUUAGCUGAACUAGCUAGCUGCUAACGGAGCAGAUGCGCUGGUUAGCAACGCGCCCCUGAGAACACGUCAAGCGUAAACAUCGUGUAAACAUGUUCGCGAGAACGACAGAUGAAGACGCCGAGGAACUUUGUGGACCCAAAGAGGAGAAAAGGCGUCAACGUGGACGACUCGACGCGCUUUCCAAGUAUCCCGAAGCUGCGUCCCAUCCAGCGGACGUCAGUGAAAAAUAUCUUCACGCGUUCGCCGACGUCAAACGGGAGGAGGAAGAGCCGCUCGGCGUCAAAGAGGAAGAUGAUUUCACGGAGCUGCCGGUGACUUGCGCCGUUUUGAAGAGCGAAGACGACGGGCAGUGCGAGGAACUCAGAGGGGCGGAGCCUCCGAGCAGCAGCUCAGGUCGACGCACGAAAACGGAAGGCGACGCCGACCCCCGUGGACGACCACGAGCGGACGGCCUCUUGGCUCCGAUAUCCGACAGAGACGACGUGACGUCGCACUCUCUCGACACUGAUGAGGAUGAUGAUGAACAGUCAGAAGGCGGUUUGACGCCUCGCACGAUCAAACAUUGGAAAUGUUCCCAGUGCGGGAAAACGUUUGUAUCCAAGUCUCUUCUGAAAACACAUCUGAUACGCCACACUUUAGAGAAACCUUUUGAAUGCUCAGAUUGUGGCAAAAUGUUUUCUCAUAAGGGACACUUGAACACGCACACCAGAAUCCACACUGGCGAGAAACCUUUUGUCUGCUUGAUCUGUGGUCAGAGAUUCUCUCAGAAAGGAACCUUAAAAACACACAAAGGAACCCACACGGGAGAGAAGCCAUUUGCCUGCUCAGUUUGCGGCCAAAGAUUCUCCAUAAAGGGAAGCUUAAAAAUACACACGAGAACGCACACUGGAGAGAAACCUUUUGCCUGCGCAAUUUGUGGGAAACGAUUCGCUCAUAAGGGAAGCUUGAGAUCACACAUAAGAACACACACUGGUGAGAAACCUUUUAUCUGCUCAGUUUGUGGCCAAUCGUUUUCUGAAAAGGUAUACUUGGAUAUUCAUAAAAGGAGCCACACCGGCGAGAAACCUUUUGUAUGCUCAGUUUGUGGCCAAAGUUUUUCACAGAAGGUACACUUGAGAAGACGCACACGAACGCAUACCGGAGAGAAACCUUUUGCCUGCUCAAUUUGCGGCCAGAGAUUUUCUGAGAAAGGAACUUUAAAAACACACACAAGAACGCACACAGGAGAGAAACCUUUUGCCUGUUCGGUAUGUGGUCAAGGAUUCUCUUUGAAGGGAAACUUAAGAAGACACACAAGAACGCACGCUGAAGAGAAACCAAUUACCUGUUCAGUUAGCAAUCAAAGAUUAUCUCAUAAGGAAAGGAAAACAAUGGACACUGUUGAGAAACAGUUUACUUGCUCAUUUCGUGGGCAAAAGUUUGCUCACAAGGGCAGCUUAACGUCGCACUCCUUUACACACAUUGGUGACAAACCUUUUACCUGCCCACUUUGUCAUCAAACGUUCUCAACAAAGGGAGUCUUAAAUAGACACAUUAGAACACACACUGGCGAGAAGCCUUUUGCGUGCUCAGUUUGUGGUCAGGGAUUCUCUGAAACGGGAAGUUUGAAAAUACAUCAUAGGACGCACACCGGUGAGAAACCUUUUACCUGCUUGGUUUGUGGUCAAAAGUUCUCUCGACAGGGAACUUUAAAAAACCACACAAGGACCCACACUGGUGAGAAACCCUUUUCCUGCUCGGUUUGCGGUGAAAAAUUCUCUCGUAAGGGAACCUUAAAAGUCCACACGAGACAGCACACUGGUGAGAAACCUUUUCCGUGCCCAGAUUGUGGUAAAAGAUUCUCCCGUAAGGAACAGCUUCAAAAACACAAGUGUGCGGCUCAGAAUUGAACAAUCAAUGCAAAUGUGGACAAGUGUUGACUAAGUGACAAAGCGAUAUAUCCAUUUUUUUUUCUUCAUUUUUUUAAAUGAUCGUAUCUGGUCAAUCUUUGGUUGAAAUAAACUUUGAAUAAUCUAUAACUCUGAAAUACAAAAGUGUUUAUGUAAUGCCGAAUCACUUCAAACCGUGAUAGUGACGCAAUUAACUUGUAUGUCAAAGCGCCACAAUUUGCGUCGUGUUCUCGAUGGAGAAAAAAAUAGCACUUUAUUGUAUGAAGAAAUAAAGAGAAUGUCAGGAAAUAAAUGUCUGAAAGUGGACCGGCGACCCUUCCUCACACGGAAUUGCUUGGGCACUCGCGCGACUCAUUCAAAGGCGCAUCUGAAGAUCAGUUUUACCUCCAACUUUGGAAUGCAAAAAUGGAUGAAGAAGCGACGCGUGGUAAAUUUAAAAGGGGAAGUCCACUCAU